CCUUUUCUGACCCGUUAUAAUGUCAGAUCAUCAACCUCCAGCUGAUACAAAUGCCGCCGCCGGGCCAUCGACGGGCGCGGCUGCCAACAACAGCGAAGAGCAGCAACCUCUCCUGGCUCCCGGUGACCCGGCAAAGGAGCAGGCACUCAAGGCCUUCAAGAAGGCUCUCAAGAGCCACGAAGACCUCAGUGGCGGACUCAAGAGACUGCGUUUCGGCUUGCGAGAUCUAGAAAAGGACUUUGAGAAGACAGAGAAUGACAUGAAGGCAUUGCAGUCGGUGGGACAGAUCAUUGGAGAGGUGUUGAAGCAGCUAGAUGAGGAGAGAUACAUUGUGAAAGCAUCAUCAGGCCCUCGCUACGUCGUCGGUCUCCGCUCAGCAGUUCCCAAGCACAAACUCAAGCAAGGCGUGCGAGUUUCACUAGACAUGACCACCCUGACUAUCAUGCGUAUCCUACCCCGCGAAGUAGACCCAAUGGUCUUCAACAUGUCCAUGGAAGAUCCCGGAGAUGCCUCCUUUGCUGGUAUCGGUGGACUGGGAGAACAGAUCAGGGAACUGAGAGAGGUCAUUGAGCUGCCUUUGAUGAACCCAGAGCUAUUUUUGAGGGUGGGCAUCAAGCCUCCCAAGGGUGUACUGCUCUAUGGACCGCCCGGAACUGGAAAGACGCUGCUUGCGAGAGCGGUCGCGGCUACGCUGGACACUAACUUCCUCAAGGUGGUGUCGUCGGCCAUUGUUGACAAGUACAUUGGAGAGAGUGCCAGGCUUGUGAGAGAGAUGUUCGGGUAUGCCAAGGAGCACGAGCCGACCGUCAUCUUCAUGGACGAAGUGGAUGCCAUCGGAGGAAGACGAUUCUCAGAAGGUACUUCUGCCGAUCGUGAGAUCCAGCGUACCCUCAUGGAGCUUCUGAAUCAGAUGGACGGCUUCGACUACCUCGGAAAGACCAAGAUCAUUAUGGCCACUAACCGUCCAGACACGCUGGACCCAGCCCUCAUGCGUCCGGGUCGUAUCGAUCGAAAGAUUGAGAUUCCUCUGCCCAACGAGCAAGGUCGUCUUGAAAUUCUCAAGGUUCACACGCGAUCCAUUGCCAAGAAGGAGGAGCUAGACUUUGAAGCCAUCGUCAAGCUUUCAGAUGGGUUCAAUGGAGCCGAUCUGAGGAACGUGGCUACCGAGGCGGGAAUGUUUGCCAUUAGGGAGGAUAGAGACUACUGUCUGCAAGAGGACUUUAUGAAGGCGGUGAGGAAGUUGCAGGAGGCAAAGAAGCACGAAACCAAGAUUGAUUACCAGGCAGUGUGAACGGGGUAAGAAGGGUCAUGCGAGCGGGACUGAACUAGAGAAAUAAAGGCGUUAUUAUCAGAUACAAGCGAACCAGCCCACAAUUGAGAUGCUCAAAGCAGCGUGGUUUGCAAAGACAGGCGCCGACACAGAAGUUUUCCAAGGUGACUGGUGCAUACUCAUCCGGAUG